AUGCAGGAGAUUUUCAUCGUGGAGGGCAGAGAGCUCGGAGGGGGUGUAUGCGUUACACAGAAUCACUGAUCGAGUUAAAUCGAUGAUUUAUAGGUGAUAAAAAAAAGUGUGUGUGUGUGUGUGUGUGUGUGUGUGUGUGUGUGGGAGGGUGAAAGCGCCGGAGGGCAGACACCGGGAGAAGUGAUGCUUCAGCACGUUGGACAGCUCCGAUCCGGGAACGGAAUCCUGCAGGUUUUAUCUCCACCGGAGCACCGAUAGACCCGAGCAGACCUUCCUCAGGAUGUCAGUGAACCUGUCUCUGUGGGUCUCCCCGUCUGAUGAUCCUCUGAACGUCUCCGUCCUGAUGAACUCCUCCUCGCCCCCCUCUCUUCCCCCCUGGAAGGCGCCCACCUUCACCGUGGCGGCUCAGUGUCGUGUAGCAGCCACCCUGGUGCUGUUUGUGUUCGCCGCCGGCAGUAACCUGUCCGUCCUGAUCAGCGUGUGCUGGGGGCGGGGAUACCGCCUGGCUGCACACCUGCGCCCGCUCAUCGCCAGCCUGGCGUUGGCUGACUUGAUGAUGACGUUCGUGGUGAUGCCGCUGGACGCCGUGUGGAACAUCACCGUGCAGUGGUACGCCGGGGACAUCAUGUGUAAGCUGCUGUGCUUCCUGAAGCUGUUCGCCAUGCACUCUGCGGCGUUCAUACUGGUGGUGGUGAGUCUGGACCGGUACCGGGCCAUCCUCCACCCUCUGGACUCUCUGGAUGCUGGACUGAGGAACAGACGCAUGCUGCUGGUGGCCUGGACCCUCAGUCUGCUGCUCGCCUCUCCACAGCUCUUCAUCUUCCGGGCCAUUAAAGCAGAUGGAGUGGACUUCACUCAGUGUGUGACCCACGGAAGUUUCCAGUAUCUGUGGCAGGAGACGGCAUACAACAUGUUUCACUUUGUGACGCUGUAUGUCUUCCCCCUGCUUGUCAUGACUUUCUGCUACACCCGCAUCCUCACCAAGAUCAAUGGGCAGAUGCACAAGAGCAAAGAGGGUGAACACUGUCUGAGACGCAGUGGAACCGACAUGAUACCCAAAGCUCGGAUGAAGACCCUGAAGAUGACCAUCGUCAUCGUCAGCUCCUUCGUCAUCUGUUGGACCCCCUACUACCUCCUGGGGAUCUGGUACUGGUUUCAGCCAGCCAUGAUCAAGCACACACCCGAGUAUGUGCACCACAUACUGUUUGUGUUUGGGAACCUGAACACGUGCUGCGACCCGGUCAUCUACAGCUUCUUCACCCCGUCCUUCAGAGCCGACCUCGCCGACGUGUUGGCGUGCUGCAGAGGUCGUCGAGCCAACAAUGCCUCGCCUCGCUCUGUGGACCGCCUCUCCGGGCGAUGUCACGGAGGCGGUGUGGAGAUGGAGUCUGAUUUGAGCUCAAACCCGCACAGUGGGAACCCAAGCUAAACGGACUUUGACACUGCUACGAUGAACUUAAUGUCUAAAAUAAAGAUGUCAGCAAUUUCAAGCUCAGAGAAAUCCAAGAGCACAUGACUGCAUGGUGAGCUACUUUGGUUUUCAUGCUCUUAGAGACUCUAAGUCUGCACCAACUUUCGUUUAUUGCAGUGUCUGAUGGUAGGCCCUUGUUCUCGAUGGACUGUUGAUAUCACAAAGAGAACAAAUGUGCUGCAAGACCCAUGUGUGCCAAUACUCUACUACUAAUAUGGCUUCCCUCGCAGCAGGAACCUCCAUGCUAUUCUCAGAAAUCUACAUAUGAGUACAAAAUUAAUAUGCAACAAGAAUUUUGGUGUCUGGAGCGCUCUUGUUUACAUUUGAAGUCCAAGAAGAAUCGACCCACAACCUUUCAGGUGGGAAUUUUUCCUCUACUCCCAUCUCCAACUAAAUUUUGUCUCAAGUUGUAAGUCAGAUAGCAGAUAGCUGCACCAGAAGCCCCAAAAUGUUGGCCCUUUACCCAAGAAAUCCUUGAUAGAUGAUGGAAAUUUGGGAACCUCAGAGCGGACUUAACCAUGUGUUAGAAGGAAGACAAAUGAACAUAGAACAGACACUAAACCAACUACAAAAAGACAUUAAAUUGUACACUGAAACAACCACUUGAGUCCAUCUGGAAACAGACCCAAUGGCCAUUUAGUAAGGAAGAAAACAGACUUUGAAACAGAAGCUAAAGGUACCUUGAAAGAGAUGCCAGCAUACCUAGAAGCCCCAGCUACUGGACCUGAAAACAGAUGAAUGGCAAAAGGUUACUUAAAUACAGAUCUCAUCAUGGUUUGAAUAAAAGAAAGUGAACUGUAAAAGAGUUGUUAAUAGU